UUUAAUUUUUAGCUUAAUUUGAAUUUUGUAUGUGGUUUUUGGAAAUAAUAAGUUAACUGCCUCAUUUUAACAAAUCUAAAAAGCUUGCAGCAGCUGUGGUUAUCGAGUUAUUAACUAUCACCUAUUAUUUGAAAUUUUUUAUAGAGUUGUGUCAUUAAUAAUAGGGACAAAGUGUAUCAAGAAAGAAGAACAAAAUUUGAAUUAUUAAGUUAUUAAUACCUACAAUGUACGUAUGUUCCGCUAGCAAUAUUGGAUUAUAAAAUGCAGUACUUCGGUAAUAACUAAAAAUUUACACAAUACCGGACACGGGCUUCGGUAUGACAAGUUGGGACCAAUAAGAACGUGUUCAAUAAACAACUGUAAAAAUGACUGAAACAAAUUUGGAAAAAAUUUCAUUUUUUAAACUAUUAAAUCUUGAGACUAUUGCUCCAGAAAAUGAUUCACCCACGACUUCCAGAGAUCAUUUAUUAGUUUUACUUCGCCAUAAUGCAGAUCUCAAAUACAAAAAUAAUAGUAUAAAAACUGGAUACGAAAAUUUUUGUAUUAAAAAAGGCACGUUAAAGUUGUUACCAUUAAAGGACUUUGACUUUAUUUGUAAACAAGUUGUUUGUCAAAAAUGCUGUCAAAAGUUUGCUUCAAAAUUGUCUUAUAAAGCACAUGUUGGUACUGAUAUUUGUGUUAGAACUUACGAUGGGCCAAAUCUUAUCUAUCUAAAAUUUAAGAAUAGAAAACGUAGACAUGCUUGGACACCAAGUAUAAGAAAGUCUGAUGGAGAUUUUGGUCAUAAUAUACAAAUAAAUUCAUUAAAUCCUGAAAUGUUGAACACCUUACAGACUCGUAAUAAAGUCUAUUCUGAUAAAAUAUUCCAGAAAAAUAAGGUUAAAGAAAAGCCAACGAAUUAUUCAGAUAAAAAAAAUGAUGGUCCUUUUGUGAAAAAACCUAGAGGACGACCAAAAAAGAACAAUAUUAGUAAUAAUGCCGAGGUUAACUUAAAAAAACUAGGCAGACCAGAGAAGUUGAAUGCUGUGUCAGUGUAUAGUUCAAAUCAAAACGAUAACCGCUCAAAUAGUGACCAAGAAAUCGACGAGUCUGAAAAAACUGAUGGAAAACUACAAUCGCUGUCUUUCAUAAUGAAAGAAACUUUACUCAAAUUGGGAGAACAAGAAAACGAUAGUAAGCUUCUUUUAAAAAAAAUGCAGGGUAAAAAAGAAUAUCCGUAUAUUGAUGAAUUAAAAUUAAGGCUGACAAAAAUUAGUGAAAAGCAUGAUGAAAUUAAACCAUGUAAACUGAAGAAGACUGAUACACAGGGAUCCAUACCAGAUGAAGGCAAAGCAAAUAUUCAACGUACAUUCAAAAACAAUGAAAAUGAAUCUGAGAUUGAAAUGAAUACCAUAGAUUUUGAUGAAAAUGAAAAAUCUAUAGGAAUACUGAUAGAUAAUAAUACUGUUCAUGCCAAAAUAAGUAAAGAAUUGAAUAAUGGUUGUGAAUCCAUUAUCCAUAUAAAUGAAGAUAUGUUUGGAAAAGAAUCCAUAAGUAAGGAUAGUUUUGAAGAUAAUUCAAAAACAGUAGAUAGAACUCCAAAUAUUACUAAUUCAGUUGAAAAACAUAAAAAUGAUUCUCGUUUGAAUUGUAUCUAUAACACUGAAUUGAACUGUAGAAAACAUAGAAAAACUUUUAAAUCUGUUGCUGAAUGGAAAUUGCAUAGUAAUGAACAUUCAGAUAAGUUGAAUGAAAUAUUUUUGUGUACGAUUUGUGGACUUAAAUUCAAAGUUUAUAAAAAUUAUAAAACACAUUUAAAUAAUCAUAAAAAAAAUAAAACAGAACAAAAAUGUUUAAAAAGGUUACUAUGUAAAAGAUGUUAUAAACAAUAUGAUUUUCUUAGUUCAUAUUAUACCCACAUUAAAACUCAUGUUAUAUGA